CGCUUCGCAUACUCGUACCUUGACAUCGAGCGGAAUGAAAGUGGCGGCGGCUUCAGUCGCUCGCCAACUUCCACCGUGCAACAUUAUCGUUCGUGUUCGCGUCCACUUCCGUCCGAUCGUGCUUUUGAUCGACAAUCGCAUCAACGAAAAAAAUAGCGAUUAAAAAUCAUCGAUUAAUGAAUUUUUCACUGAAAAUUUUGACCAAAUUUCAAGAUAAGAUUGCGAAAGAUAUUGAUGCGUGUGAAUCGAAGUGUGACUCGUAAACGAGGAUGAAGACAAUUUUAUUCGUAUCUACUACAGUUUCUUUUGUGCAACGACGAAUAAAUCAAUUCGGCGAAUAAAUCAAUAACAGAAUACGUGAAAAUCAUGCGGAAGUGUUUGCUUCUUGUUUUUUGUGCCGCAGGUAUAUUUGCGGUACAAACGCAUAAUAUCAAUUUUGAUGAAACAGCUGCGAGCCGGCCUAGAAUUGGUCGGCAAAAUAAUGGCAUAAAGCGAUAUGCGUGUCCCAUAGGAUUCUUUCGAUUGAAGAGAUAUUGUUAUUAUUUAAGCGGCGGGACAGCACCCUGGAGAGAGGCCUAUUUUCACUGCAAAGAUAGAAAUGCCACUCUGGCUAUUCUCGAUAGAAAUGGGAAGGAUCGAAUGUUAAGAAAAUAUUUGUGGAACGAUCAAUUUACAAAAUUAGAAAGAUGGAUCGGUGGAAUAUACAAUUGGCAACAAAUGACUUGGGAAUGGGGUAUGACUGGAGAAAAAGUACAUUUUCAAAAUUUUGGUCUACCUGAAUUUAAUCGAUCGAAACAAUACGCGUGGCACUGUAUCACGAUCGAUCCCACGUUAAAGUAUAAAUGGAGACCACAAAGUUGCGUCGAACGAAAACAUUACGUAUGCGAGGUACUGGCUGGACGUAUAGUCAGAAGACGUAAAAAAACGGCGAAUUCUCGUGCAUUGCAAAAUCAAAAAUCCCGAAAGAAAGGUAAAAAAUAUUUAAAUGAAUCGCACAAGUCAAAUGGACGGAACAAACAGCGAAAUGCAUGGAAAAAAAGAAAUUAUGUAGAGCAAAAUGCAGACGAUUGGGCACAUGGUGUGAAAUUGGGUUCAAGGCCACCAUUUUACAAUGAAAAAAUGUAUGAUUCGAAUCCACGAAUGCGGCAUCAUUCGAAUAAAACUGGACUGAUAAUGGCACAAAUUCAAGAAAAAGAAUACAAUGCAUUUCUAGCCGAUGGAUCCAAUAACGAUCCGCAAAGUCUAACGGAUAGAAAUAGAAUUUUUCCUCAAAUCUCUGGAAUCAACUUGGCGAGUGAAGAAGUUCUAAAAGGUUUUUAAAGCCAUAAGCAAAACAUUGUAUAUUAUUAAUCCCUUUAUAGGACUUUAAACAUCAUUGAUCAUUGAUCAUUGAUCAUUAUUAUUU